UAUAAAUUAUUUGAGUGCACUAUGAGCAUAUACAGUACAUUUUUUUAAAGGUGCAAAAAUCCAGGUAAAUAGGCUGUGAUCAGUUCAGCAGAAUUGUUUCAGUAAGUGACAGUUUUCUCUUCUCUUUUGUAUGGAAAGAAGCACACUUCUUUGUGUAAUUACAAAAUGUUGUAUUGAGUUUUUCCCUUAACAGCUAGCCAAGCAAAUUAGUUAACAAACAAAUAAAAUUCCUACAUUCCUAACUAUGCUUUGUUAGGGAUGAAAUAGCUUUAUGAAAUUUUAAAGAUUCUUUUGAAAACACACAUAUCCAGAAUUAGCUUAAGACUAAAUAGUUUUGCAUUGCCAAAGAGGUUGUGUUUUGGUACAUUUGGUUUUAUUUUGCUUUAAAGAUCCCUCCUCCCUACAUUACCUCAGCAAUUCAGAGGUUUCAAGCUGCACCUGAGGAAUCUCAUCUUUCCAGCCUAGCCACUACACACACAUCUGCAUCUGGCCAGCCAAAACUCUCUUCAAAUUCCUGCUAUUAAUUAGUUCUUGACCUUCAGGUCACAUUUUACACACAUCAUUAGUGCCUGCAAAACUCUUCUGCUUUUGAAUAACCGGUACUUGUACUGGUAUAAACACAGAAGCUACAAUUCUCAUCUGUUUUGUAUGGGGCAGCCCCAAGUGCCAGGUAAGGACAAGGCUUCCUGGCUACAGCUGUUCUGGAACAUAACUUAGAAACAAUUCUUCUGUGCUUUGUAUCUCAGAUCACACAUCUUGCAUAUGUAUCAAUAAAAUUAAAUUGGAAAAAUGGUUCUAAUAAAUGUGUAAGCAGUCAGAUAAACCAAGGCGUACUGGUGAAUCUCACACCCUUCUGCAUCAAAAGCAGCCAUGCAACGCAUUAUUAGUUGUCUUUGCUGAAGGGCACUGCUGCUUUCACAGACUGUUCUUCACUCUGCCUGUUCAAUCAAGUAAGCAAUUGAUGCUUUUUUUAAAAAAAAGUUUCUUUUCCUGUAGAUUUCUUUGGUUAUAUCAUCUACACAAAAUGAAUCAGGAUUCAUUUUAGGCCUUUCUUGGUACUUAGUCACUUGGGACUGCUGGAAAACAUCACAUUGAACCCAUGGUUUUAACCACACAGAUCUGAAGGCAUCACUCUCCUGUUUUGAUUGUUGCCUCUGUCCCUGUCACUAUAGAAACAGAUCACACUGCCAAAAAUGGAAGGAUGAUAAUCAUCUGGAAAAAAUAAAAAGCUGGGAGCACAGCUAAAGAUUAUUUUGAAAGCACUUUCAUGCAUUUUGAUAUUAGUCCCUUUUUGUAAGAGAGACAGCCAGAAGCAAUCAACAGAAGUGGAAGCAAUGCUUUACAUUUCAGGAGAAACCUCGAACAGCAUUUUCCCUCAUUUAUCCUUUUAAGUUUUUUAAUAUCUAUAUGGGCAAAACAAACUACAAUUACAGCAAACAGUUUCUGAUCACUGGAAGCAGCAUGAAGUCCUGCCUGCUAGACUGAAGUGUCACGGCCUGGUGCCUUUUUCUCUGACUUGCAUUCAGAGUUUCUGCUCCUCUUGCCUAUAGUGUUCUGCAGAGCAUUUUGUGCUUCUGCUGUUAAUUUCCCACAGAACGGGCGCUAGCAGGGAUGAUCCGGAGGCUGCCCAGCCCGCAGCCCGUCCCGUGGCGUAUUGACAGAUCUCUCGGGACAACGGCCGCAGGUGGAGCCCAGCCCGAACGGAAAACGCCGUGGUUACAUCCCCAGCCUCGCUCCUCCGUGCCGUGCGAGCCCGGGCCCAGCUAUGGAGCGGCGCCGGGCGGCGGCACAGGCCGGGCAGGGCGGCGCCAGGCCCCGGCACAGCAGCAAGGGUCGGUCCGGGACCGGCGGCGCCAGGCCCCGGCACAGCAGCAAGGGUCGGUCCGGGACCGGCGGCGCCAGGCCCCGGCACAGCAGCAAGGGCCGGUCCGGGGCCGGCGGCGCCAGGCCCGGGCACAGCUGCAAGGGUCGGUCCGGGGCCGGCAGGAAGGCGGCACCAGCGAGGGCCGCGGCCGCGCUCCCUUCAGGCCGUCCCCGCUCGGGCCGGGCCCGGGGCUGNUCGGGCGCGGGGCUGCCGGGGGAGCUGGGCCGGCGGUGCUGGCUGGCGCUGCGCUGCGAGCGGCUGCCGCGGGAGCCGGAGCCGCCAGAGAACCCCUCCCCUGGUGCACUCGUGGCAAAAUCGGAGGAGCCGCUGGUGGAGAGUGAGGCACGUGGAGAUCCUCCAGCACCUUUUCUGGAUGGACAACGAUACUAUGAACAGGGGUUAUACAAAGAAGCAUUAAAGCAAUUUGAAAAAAUCCAGGAUACAGAUUUUCAAGCAAUGUAUCAGCUUGGCGUAAUGUAUUAUGAUGGACUUGGCACUAAAAAAGAUCCUGGAAGGGGAGUGGAAUACAUGAAUAAAAUACUCAACUCUGAUUCCCCAGAAGCAAGUCACUUGAAGUUUGCAGCUGCAUACAAUCUUGGCAGGGCAUAUUAUGAAGGAUGUGGUGUUAAACAUUCAGCUGAACAGGCUGAAAGGUUGUGGCUUACUGCUGCAGACGAUGGAAAUCCAAAAGCAAGUGUAAAGGCCCAGAGUACUUUAGGAAUGCUUUAUUCUAUGCCAUUUCUAAAAGAUAUGAAGAAGGCCUUUUUCUGGCAUUCAGAAGCAUGUGAAAAUGGAAAUCUGGAAUCAAAGGGAGCACUUGGCAUUAUGUAUCUCUAUGGACAAGGUACACGUCAAAACACAAAAGCUGCUUUGGAGUAUUUGAGAGAAGCAACAGAACUUGGAAAUACCUAUGCUCAAGGCCAUCUUGUGGAAUAUUACUACACUAGAAAAUUUUAUUCAAAAGCCGCUGCACUAGCCAAAAGGGCUACAGCAAAUGAGGACAUCAGCAUGCUAGCCAAGGUAACUGAUUGUCAUCCAACAUAUUUAGCCAAGGGGGCUGCUAUGGCUGCUUUCUACUUGGCUAGAUGCCUCCAUCUUGGCCGAGGCACAGAGAAAAACCAGCAGGCUGCUAAGAUGUACUAUUCUAAAGCAUGCCAUCUGGAUCCUGUUGUUGCUUCUCACCUUGAACUGGCAGCUAAUCUUGGGAGAAUUUAGUGUUUCUUUUAACUGUGACUGGUAUAUAAAUAUAUUUCCUACAAUAAACCAUCAUUAAUCUCCAGCAAUUUUAGACUGUUCAUCACUUACUGCUUGCUUUUCAACUUCCUAUAAGUUAUUAUUUAAAGCAAUUCACUGAUUAAUUUUAUCUAGAAGAGAAAGUAAAAAGGCUCUCUAACUCAGAUAAGCCGAGACAGAUUUUUUAAAAAUCCUAUUGAAGACAAAGGUUUAUUAAUGACAUUUCACUGGGACAGAUGUAUUUUCUUCAUGUCAUAUUGCUACAUAGCACAUGAAUCAAAACAAAACCAAAGAAAGAUGUUUGUUUCCUUUUUGCAUUUAUAAUAUUUAAAUUUUAAUAUUCUGAAAAGCUUGAACCCAAACUUGUCUCAUGUUCACACACAGCCCACUUACAGGCCAUGGCCAUUUUUAAAGCUUAACUUGUUAGUGGUGCUUAUACUUUCUUCCACAUACUUUCUAAAGCAUCUAGAUUUACUUAAAAGUCUUUAUGCAUAUUUCUUUUGGAUUGCAGAGACUCAAAGUUGGAAACUGUCCAGUAGAACCCCAAGCUUUACAAUUUAAACCAUACCAGCUUCUAAAACUAAUAAACACUACUUACAGAACUGUAGAAAAAAAGCCCCUACAUUAGUAUGGAAAUAUUGAAUAUACAUCCCCAAGACAAGGCCUGUUUUCCUCAAUUCUUCAUAUUGCAUUCACACUGCCUCUGUAUUAGAAAUAGUUGGAAAUCUUUUGGCUAGGAGUAUUUAUGUCUGAGCAAUGUCAAGCUGGAUCUUUUAUGGAAAGACAUUUUGAUUAACCACUAGGAAAACUUACUGAUUGCUGUGGUAAGCUUGCACAUUUCUAAAUGCCUGUUUACUUAUGAAGCUUUGUAAGUAUAGAACUUGCCUUGCUUCUUAGUAUUGUGCCACGACUUGAAAACUCUUCUGAAACU